AUUAUAGGAAUGAGUCACCAGCGCCCAGCGUAGCCUUUAUAAUUAUUAUUAUUUUGUCAGCUUUUGGGCUUGAACUCUGGGCCCAGGUGCUGUUCUGUGGUCAAUUGGAGUCUCACCAGAACUUUUCAACCCGGCUGGCUUCAAACCAUGAUCCUCAGAUCUCAGCUUACUGAGUAGCUAGGAUUAUAGGUGUGAGCCACUGGCGCCUGGCUAUUGUUUUUAAAGCAUACAUUUUCCGUGUUUUGAGUUUGAGGCACACUUUAUCCAUGAAUAGUCAGGAAAGAAUAGGCAGUGUUACUAGUUCCUAAAUCCUCUACCACAGCCUAUACAAUUGUUAGGGUAUCAUACGGAUAAAGCAGAGUGGAAAUGAAAUAGCUUUAGUUUAAAAACUUUGUAUCCCAUCUGGUAACAGAGCCUUCCCACUAGAGAAAAACCCUAUGAAUUUUCUACACUCAGGACAACUUGUGCUCACGUGUCUCAUCUUACUGAGUGUUGAAGUCAUGCUGAGGCGAAGCCCCAUGCUUGUAAGGAAUAGUGAAAAGCCCUCAGCUAGAUGACAGUUCUCACUGAGCAGCCGAAAACACAUGCUGGAGAGAAACCAGCAACUUUGGCAAAAUUUUGUUGAAUAAUAGGAAACUUGUACUGUAGAGACAGGUUGGGAUAUAUUCUUUAAGUGUGUCUCAAACCUUGUCCAUUACUAUGUAGCUGAGAGGUGAGACAUAUCCUUUAUAAAUGUGAGAAAUGUGGAAAUACCUUCAGCUAAGAGUAAAUCCUCGUUCAUCAGAAAAUUUCUAUUGUAGACAACCCUUGUGACUUUGUAAGAGCCUCCUUUCAGAUGUCCCGCUCCAGUCAGAGAAUCUGUAGUGGGGAGCACCCCUAUGCCUGUAAGGUAUGCGGGAAAAUCUUCAGCCACAAGUCAAGUCUCACUGAGCAUGAGCAUUUUCAUAAUAGAGAGAAACCUUUCGAGUGUAAUGAAUGUGGAAAAGCCUUUAGCCAAAAGCAGUAUGUCAUUAAACACCAGAAUACUCAUACUGGAGAGAAGCUUUUUGAAUGUAACGAUUGUGGAAAGUCCUUUAGCCAGAAAGAAAACCUGCUUACCCAUCAAAAAAUUCACACUGGAGAAAAACCUUUCCAGUGCAAAGACUGUGGGAAAGCUUUCAUUCAGAAAUCAAACCUCAUCAGACAUCAGAGAACUCACACAGGAGAGAAGCCGUUCAUAUGUAAGGAGUGUGGGAAAACCUUUAGUGGCAAGUCAAACCUUACCGAGCAUGAGAAAAUUCAUAUUGGAGAGAAACCCUUUAAGUGUAAUGAGUGUGGAACAGCUUUUGGCCAGAAGAAGUACCUCAUAAAGCAUCAGAACAUUCACACUGGAGAGAAGCCCUAUGAAUGUAAUGAGUGUGGAAAAGCCUUCUCGCAGCGAACAUCACUCAUCGUGCAUGUGAGAAUCCAUUCAGGGGACAAACCUUAUGAAUGCAAUGUUUGUGGCAAAGCCUUCUCCCAGAGCUCCUCUCUCACUGUGCAUGUGAGAAGCCAUACAGGUGAGAAACCCUAUGGGUGUAAUGAGUGUGGGAAAGCCUUCUCUCAGUUCUCUACCCUAGCUCUGCACUUGAGAAUACACACAGGUAAGAAGCCAUACCAAUGUAGUGAGUGUGGCAAGGCUUUCAGCCAGAAGUCACACCACAUUAGACACCAGAAAAUUCAUACCCAUUAAAAGACUCUUGAAUAUAUUCAAAAUGGAAAGCAAUGGCCAGGAACUUAUACCUCACAGCACAUCACAAAAAGUCAUCUUAAUUGUAAAGUGCUGCAAGUCAGGUGAAGGUUAACAAAUGCUAAAAUGUUAUGGGACAGCAGAGAAAUCAUAUUGAGGAAGAAGGCAUUGGUAUGAUUAAAAGCCUGUGCCCAACAAGAAAAGCCUACAGCAAACUACAAGGGUAAUGUUUGGAGCUGGAGACACAUUUCCACUAAAAUACAAACUAGAAAAUAUCCCUGUUACUGCUAUCAGCAUACAUCUGGAGGUUUUUUUUUUGUUUUGGUUUGUUUUG